UCUAUCUCGAUAGCUUGCUAGAGACAUCGACUUGGUGAGAUGAAGAUUGUGGACCUGAGACACACAGCACGGGUUUGCGAUGAACCGGUACCUCAGCCUCUCAAAGCAGCCAGAUGGGCGUAGCACACAUGAUGAUGGUACUGUAAGGUGCACCACGCAUGCUUGUUGUGAUGGCUGAGACUAAAUUAGUAGAUCAACUCACUAGUCGGUUCGAAAUCAUCAUCCGGAUGCUGGAGCUCGCGUUCCUCCCCACAUCACAGGCCGGAGAAAUGUUCUCGUCCGACUGCACGAUACGCUAGCUCUUCACCCUCAGGCUCAGCUCCUCCAGUGACUGGAAAAUUAAAACCUCCCAGCACCCUCUUUCCCCUCAAUGCCAAGCCAGCUGAAUCUUGCUAUCGCUGUAGCUUAUAUCGAUCGCAUCGUUGCCAAGUGAGCUUGUUUGCUGUUGUCAUCCAGGCCCAGCCUCAGAAACUAGAUGUGUUGAUUAUGCCAGCAGGGCUCGAUUCACUUAUCACCAACUCAAACUGGGCCUUUGUUUCGGGUUAUAAUUUGACUCAACGCUCACAAUUGUAAAACAACUCUUGUCUUUCGCACUAAGCUGACCCUCUUCAGACGUGAAAGCUGUGUAGAAUGGCAGUGCGGUUCCCAUCGUGACGUUCUACCAGCAACGUCUGGCUUUCCAAUCACCUGCCCCGGGUCGUUGAUUUUCACUACUGCACGCCAUCCUUUGUUCGGUAGGGGAAGCAACUCAGCCCCUCUGGUAAGAAGCUCAGCAUGCCCGCCCAUCUCGGUAGUGUCCUUUGCCGGGAAACGUGGCGGCAGCGGUCGAGUAAGACCAACCAGAUAACAACAUGGAGGCUACGGAACCAUUUUUGGAACGCGAUUUGUGAUGUGGAUAGCGUGCCGCUGAUAAUAAAGUUGUAACGGGCGGGGCUGAAAGGAUGGUGCAUUUCGCUCGCGGAAGAACCAUCGCGAACUGGGACCGUUAGUCUUGCGAAUUAUAAACUCGAUCGGACCCCCCAAAAGAAAGAGAAUGCCUAUUGUGCAGCCCAGCUCCUCUACAGCUGGCACUAUAAGAACCCGGUCAUUAAGAUACAAAAACAGCGUAUACAAGUGAAAAGAUGAGAGUCUCAAUCAUAUACAGCGCUGCUCUGCUCGCAAGCUUCACAUCGGCCCUCCCAACCAACUCAAAACGCGCAGACUUCUCCGACUUCUCGCCAGACGGAAAAUACUUUCCCCUGAAAAACGGCUUUCCCACCCCAUGCAAAGAUGAGAUCCUCAACAUCCAAAAGCAAGCGUUUGGCACUCUCCCCAACGGGCCCGCCCCUCCAGCCCUCAGCCCAGAAGGCGUCACAAACCUGCAGCUCAUCGCCCUAAACGAACUAUUCGAAGUCGCCUUCUUCACAGAACUCAUGUACAACAUCUCGAACAAAUUCGACGGCUACGACACCGGGUACGGCCACUGGUACGUCAUGGACACGCUCAACGCCAUUAUCGCCCAGGAACAAGAACACUUGCUAAACGCAAACGGCGCCCUCAUGUUCUUCAAGCAACCCGCAAUCCAGCCCUGCAAAUACAGCUUCCCAGUCACCGACUUCCAAUCCGCGAUCAGCCUCGCCGCAAAAUUCACAGACCUCGUCCUGGGCACCUUACAAGACGUCAACCAGAUCUUCGCUAAGAACGGCGACUUCGACCUCGUCCGCACCGUGUCGUCCGUUAUCGGCAACGAGGCCGAGCAGGAAGGCGUCUUCCGCCUCAUCCAGAACAAACGCGCCACCUCGCAACCCUUUUUAACCACCGCCGGCCGCGAUUUCGCCUUCAGCGUCCUCCAGAGCCUCGCAGUCCCCGGGAGCUGUCCUAACGUCGAUGUCAUCAAGCUGCAGACGUUCAAGCCGCUCAAUGUGCUGUCGACGGAUAUCAGGGCGCAGGACCAGAAUCUCAAGUUCAGCUUCGCGAGUGAUGCCGGUGUGAAUGUCACCGACUUGUCGCUCGUGUAUAUCAAUCAGCAGAACUUACCCGUUGUUACUGACCUCAUCGAUCCAAAGACCGAUGGUGGGGAUUUGGUGUUUGAGGCAAAGUUCCCGUUUGAGGAGUAUAUUAUGAAUGGGCUUACUAUUGCUGCCGUGGUUAAGGGGAAGGGUCCUUUUGCUACUGUCGAUGAUGUUGCAAAGGUUACGGGGUGGGGGCCUGGGCUUAUCGAGGUUGAUUGA